GAAGAAUUUAGGUGAAAUUCAAACCAAAAUCCCAAAUCAUUCCAGUCGAUCCAAAAUUGAAAAACUUAGGUGAAAUCGAUCUAGACGAAGCAUUCCAAGGCGUCGACGAAGCAUUCCAGUCGAUCUCAAAUCGAAGCAUUCCAAGCCAACGAUAUUUUCUACCGCCAAGCAGCAAAAGUCAUUGACGAUUUCAAUUGGGUCCCAAAUCAUUCCAGUCAAGGAUUUCUACAGCCAAGCCGCAAAUUGUGUCGCGAACUGGAGCGCGACCUAGCGAGGUUAACCAAGCCACAAAUUCUCUGUUUCUAUUUUGCUUCACAUCUACUCCUCCUCCUCUGCCGUCGUUGCAGCAAGCAGGAAGAAAAAGAAGAAUUAGAAUGAUGUCCGGAACAAUCUCCAACGAGAAAACGGUGAACGUACCAGCAAGCGAAGCGUGGAAGCUGUACGACACUCUCCAGCUUGCGAAAAUCAUGGAAGAAGCGCUCCCCAGCCUUAUCAGCAAGAUCGACGUCGUCCAAGGCGACGGCGGCGCCGAAACAGUUCUAGAGCUGUUUUUCGCUCCAGGGAUGGAGGGCGGAUUGAAGUCGUACAAGGAGAAAUUCACAGUGGAGGAUGAGGAGAAACGAGUGAAGGAGAUGGAGGUGGUGGAAGGCGGGUAUAUGGAAAUGGGAUUCACGGUAUAUCGGGUAAGGUUAGAAGUGAUGGAGGUGGACAUGACCUCGGUGAAGAGGGCUUCCAGGAUUUCGAAUAUGAAUUACGUGUUUUUACUUUUUUUAUUUUUUUUUAUAAUUCCAUGUAAUGAAACUCCGGCGUUCCACAUCAACUCUCGGGCGUCGGAAAAUUUUUACGGGAUACAAUUAAAAAAGUAUUGAUAGGCUGUGUACCAAUUAGAUAUUACAGAAAGUUGGGACAUAAUCAAUAAUUCGAUCAAAUGAUGGGACAGAAAGUGACAUUUACCCAAAAAAUAUUUAGUCCGAGCACAUUGGAGAUUAGCUCACUAAAUUAUAAAGCAACGACAAUUUAAAAUUAAGAAAACAUU